AUGCCAUUAGUUUCGUCGGGUGUUGAACACGGAAAUUUGAGAGAAAAUGCGAUGGCGAAAAUGAAGGAAUUGGGAUUGAAAUGUCGUGAUGUUCGGACGAGAGAAGUUGGAAUUCAGGUAACUUUUUUGAGGUGAAAAUUCGAAAAAUCGUGAAAAAUGAGCCGGAAAAUCAGGUUUUCCCGCAAAAAUUCGAUAAAAAUUCAAUUGUUCUAGAAAAAUUUCCUUUUAAAAGUUUUUUACGUCAAAAUUCUGGGUUGCUGUAGGUUUUGGCGGCCAAUUUUCAAGCUUAAAUAAGUUUUCAGUUUAUAUUGUUAACCAGAUGUUCCCGGGUUACUAUAGGGUCCAUUUUUUGGCACUAAGACCUACAGUAACCCAAAAAUUGCUCGAAAUUUGAAAAUUAAAGAAUUUUCACCAACCUAAGCGAAUUUGGUAUCAAAAAAUGCAGAAUUUUCCCGCCAAAACCUACAGUAACCAUACAUGAACUAGUCGCUCCGGGCACCCCCGAGUUAACCCCCUCCAGAAAAAAAAUUCGAAAAAGUUAACCCCCCUCUUGUCAAAUUUUUUUCCGACCUAUGAAAAAAAAGUUCAACAUGCCGUGGGAAUUAUACAAUAGUUUUUUUUUCUCGAGUCCUAAAAAUUAAUUGAUAGCGGAGGCUUCUAUGAAAACAUUCGAAUGUUUAUGAUGAAGAAAGUUUGGCGCCGUAGAAUUAAAAAAAAUGUGGCGGAAACAAAUAUAAAAAUUUCUUUUUUCACAGAAGUUUUCAUAGAAGCCUCCGCUAUCAAUUAAUUUUUAGGACUCGAGAAAAAAAAACUAUUGUAUAAUUCCCACGGCAUGUUGAACUUUUUUUUUCAUAAGUCGGAAAAAAAUUUGACAAGAGGGGGGGGUUAACUUUUUCGAAUUUUUUUUUCUGGAGGGGGGUUAACUCGGGGGUGCCCGGAGCGACUAGUUCAUGUAUGUUUGCACUGGAAAUUAGAAAAUUGGGAUUGACCUGGAUUUAAAGGUGGAGUGCGAGAUAAAAUUUGGGUACAGUAGUUUUCGACCGCGAAAGCGCGAGUGUAAAUCCUUUAAAUUUUUUUGAAAUUAUUAUCGAAAGCUUGAUUGAUACCACGCGCUCCACCGAAAUAAACACGCAACGCAGACCGCGCCGCGCCACAACACACACAAAAAGCGAGGGGAUUUGAAUAAUUUCCUUUUUUGUGUUUGUUGUAGCGCGUCGCGGUCUGCGUUGCGUGUUCAUUUCGGUGGAGCACGUGAUAACGAUGAGAUUUUCAAUAAUACUGAAGGUAGCUAACAUGAGCAAUGGCCCUUUAAAUUACUGUAGCCUUCGAACAGACAUUUUUGCGUUUUACACGGUGUUUCACUUUCGAACUUGUUUUAGAUAUCAAUGUUUGAUGAGCUUUCAUUAAAUAUUCACAGAAAAAGUUUUUUAUAUUUUUUUCUCCAAAACAAAAAUGGGCGGAGUCUGUUCUUAUCCCUUUUUUGUCUCGCGCUCUCUUCUCUCUCGUUUUCUCUCGUAUCACUUACUCAUAAGUCAAAGUAUUCGGUGUCUCCCACACUCCAAUCGUCUAUUUCUCUUGCCAAAUUCGCCUGGAACCCAAAAAUUCCGAAACUGGACUCUGCCAGAAACCCGAAUGUCCUUCCUCAGAAAAUCAUCGAGAAAAACGUGAAACUUCAAUUUCGAAUUUCAUAGAUGUCAGAUCACAAAACCUCGAAAUAUCUCAACUUGCUGUAACUGAAUCUGUAAAAUUGAGUCUGGCUGAAAAUCUGAAAGAAAAUGAAGUAGAGGAAAAGGUGGCUGAAAUUCAAGCAGAUUGUCCACAAGAAUCAUCUUCAGUUGAAAAAUCAUCGAGAAUUUGUGCAGAAUUUCAGGAUGUUUUGAUUGUUUCAAUGUUUUUGACGAUUGUAAGUUUGUUUUGGGGAAAAUUGGUUUUCUAGGCUACAAAAAUCAGUUUUUUUAUGCCAGUUUCCCCUCAAAACUGUAUUUUUCCAGGGUUGCAUUAUUACAACAUCAGUCGUGGUCGUCUUAAUAAUUCGUCGACAAAAAUACGAAAUCGCCAGUAUGACGUAG